CUCAAGUGUGGUAAUCUCAAUAAGGUAUUAUAGGUAAUAUUAUUAAUAAUCAAGGGAAUCAUUUUAUUUAAUUUAUAAAGCUAUAAAUUAUAAUUGUACAUAAUAAAGAUGUCGAAAACUGCUCCAUGGUGAUGAAGGGAAAUCUUGGAAAUGUUGAUAUUGUGCGCAAUAAACAUAUUAACCAUUCAUCUCAUAAACCACAGUGUUUUUAUGCUGGAAUAUCCAUGGAGUUCUGACCACAACUGCAGUUUACAAAACCGAAGCUCCUACGACAACAACUGAAGCUCCUACAACAACAACUGUAGCUCCUACGACAACAACUGUAGCUCCUACGACAACCCCUGUAGCUCCUACGACAACCCCUGUAGCUCCUACGACAACCACAGUAGCUCCUACGACAAGCACAGUAGCUCCUACGACAACCAAUGCAGAUUCCACUACACGAACUGUAGCUCCUAUGACCACUACAACUUCAGCACCUACUUCGACAACCACUGCAGCUACUACUACAACAACUGAAGCUCCUACUUCUUCUAUAACUGAAGCACCUACUACGACAACUACAAAUGCAGCUCCUACGACGACAACUGCAACUCCUAUUACAACAACUGUAUAUCCUAUGACCACAACAGAAGCACCUACAAUGACAACUGAAGCUCCAUGGACAACCACAACACCUACUACGACGAUUACAACAGCAGCACCUAUAACAACAACUGUAGCUUCUACAACAACUAUAUAUCCUAUUACCACUACAACUGUAGCUCUUACGACCACUACAACUGCAGCACCUAUUUCGACAACCACUGCAGCUUCAACAACUGUAGCUAUUUCAACAACAACUGUAGCUCCUAUGACUACUACAAAUACAGCUCCUAUGACAACCACAACUGCAGAUCCUAUUACAACACCUUUAGAUCAUACGACCACUACAACAGAAGCACCUACAACGACAACUGAAGCUCCUACGACAACCACAACAGCAGCACCUACAACAACAACUGUAGCUUCUACGACAACAAAUAUAUCCCCAACCACUACAACGUCAGCAGCUACUUCGACAAUCACUUCAGCUCCUACUACAACAACUGUAGCUCUUACAACCACUACGACUACAGCACAUACAACUGCAACUGAAGCUACUCCGAUAACCACAAGUGCAGCACCUAUUACGACAAUUACAUCUGAAGCUCCUACGUCAACCACAACUAAAGAACCUACUACGACAACUACAAGUGCAGCACCUAUUACGACCAUUACAACUGAAGCUCCAACGACAACCACAACAAAAGAACCUACUACGACAACUACAACACCUACAACUGCAGCACCUACGACGACAACUACUAAUGCAGCUCCUACAACAACCACAACUGCAGCACCAACAACGACAACCGUAGCUCCUACAACUGCAGCACCUACUUCGACAACCACUGCAGCACCUGCUACAACUACAAUUGAAGCUCCUACAACAACAACUGUAGCUCCUAUGACCACUACAACUGCAACACCUACUUCAACAACCACUGCAGCUCCUACAACCACUACACCAGCAGCACCUACUACGACAACUACACCUGCAGCACCUGCUACGACAACUACACUUGCAGCACCUAUUACGACAACUACAAAUGCAUUACCUACUACAACCACUGCAACUGCAGCACAUGCAAGAACAACUGUAGCUCCUUCGACAACAUCUGUAGCUUCUGCGACUUCUACAACUGAAGCACCUACUACGACAACAACUAAUGCAGCUGCUACGACAACUACAAAUGCAGUUCCUAUGACAACCACAACUGCAGUUCCUACUACAACAAUUUAGAUCCUACGACCACAACAACGGAAGCACCUACAACGACAACUGAACCUCCUACGACAACCAUAACUGCAGUUCCUACUACAACAAUUUUAGAUCCUACGACCACAACAACGGAAGCACCUACAACGACAACUGAAGCUCCUAAGACAACCACAACAGCAGCACCUACAACAACAACUGUAGCUUCUA